AUGGGUAACCAACAGUCGGGGCUGCUCGACAACAUCGCCUCGGGCUCGAAUUUCGACCGCGAGGAGGUAGACCGCCUAAGGAAGCGAUUUAUGAAGCUGGACAAGGACAACUCUGGAACCAUUGAGCGUGACGAAUUCCUGGCCCUCCCUCAGAUCUCCUCGAACCCUCUCGCAACACGAAUGAUUGCCAUCUUUGACGAAGACGGUGGCGGUGACGUCGAUUUCCAAGAGUUCGUCUCUGGCCUCUCAGCCUUCAGCAGCAAAGGCAACAAGGAGGAGAAGCUACGUUUCGCAUUCCGUGUAUACGACAUCGAUCGCGAUGGCUACAUCAGCAACGGCGAACUCUUCAUAGUACUUAAGAUGAUGGUCGGCAGCAACCUGAAGGACCAGCAACUGCAGCAGAUUGUUGAUAAGACCAUCAUGGAGGCUGACCUAGACCGCGACGGCAAGAUCAGCUUUGAAGAGUUUACCAAGAUGGUUGAGAACACAGAUGUAUCCAUGAGCAUGACCUUGGACCAAUUUUAA